AUGGUAAGAGACUAUUUAGACAAAAGGAACUCCAAGCGCAGGAAAGAGAAACAGCCACACUCACACAGUUUGCAGACGUUGCGGGAAACGAUCACUGCAUAAGCAAACAUUGGAGUGCGCAUCCUGUGGUUAUCCAAGUGCUAAGAUGAGACACUAUAACUGGGCUCUCAAGACCCACAGGAGAAGAGGAGAAGGAACCGGAAGAAUGAGAUACCUAAAGUCAAUCCCAAGAAGAGCUAAGAACGCAUUCAGAGAAGGGACUACCCCAGCAGCAAGAACAAAGCAUAUAAAGAAGUAA